UAACUAAAUAUAUUUUGUAAAUUUUUGUUUAUAAAUUAUAGAUUUUGCAUAAGCAACACACAAGUAUUUGUGUAAUAUUGUGCUGACAUUGUGUCAAAAUUAUUUAUCAGAGCUGCUUAUGUUGGAUGCUCAUUUAUAUAUAAUAAUUUCUAUAUAAAAAAUAUUUAUAUAUAUAAAUAUUUGUAAAUUAUAGAUACUUAGAUUUCACAUAAGCAACACUAAGUGUUUAAUCAAGUAUUAAUUGCAUAAUAUUGUGCUGAUAAUGUGUUAAGACUAUUUAUCAAAGCUGCUUAUGUUCAACUGCUCAUUUAUAUAUUAUAAUAAUAAUAAACACUUUUUGUAUAUAAAUUGUAAAUUUCUAUUUGUAAACUAUAAAUUUUUAGAUGUCGCAUAAGUAACACACAAGUAUUUAAUUGAGUAUUAAUUGCAUAAUAUUGUAUUGACAUUGUGCUAAGACUAUUCAUAAGAACUGCUGGACUACAUAUUGAAAUAUAAGAAUGACAGUAAUACUAGGAGGUGGUAUAUCAGGUCUGUCAGCGGCAUAUUAUGCUGUUAACGAUGCCAGACUUUCAUCUGUUGUUCUACUGGAGGCUUCUAGUCGCCUGGGUGGAUGGGUCCGCAGCAGAAAAUCACAAAACGGAGCGAUCUUCGAACAAGGACCAAGAACCGUAAGAACAGCUGGCCUAGCCGGAAAAAACACUCUUAAUCUGAUAGAGGAUCUACAAUUGAAUGACAAAUUAAUUCACAUCGGACUGCAUCAUCCCGCGGCAGGGAAUCGAUUGAUUUAUAUGGAUAAUGCACUGCAUCGUCUACCAAACUCUUUAAUGGGCAUCUUCAAAACGUCUUCGUUGCUAGAUCGACCCUUGAUCAAUCGUAUAUGGACGGACUUGAGAGCCCCCAAAGUAUCCAAGGAGGACGAGAGCAUUUACAGUUUCAUCCAGAGAAGAGUGGGUCAGGAUAUCGCGGAUAACUUGAUCAGCCCUCUGAUCUGCGGGAUCUGCGCGGGAGACGCGCGUGAGAUAAGCGUCAAUUUCCUCCUUAAAUCACUGUUCGAAGCGGAACAGAAACAUGGUUCCAUAGUGAAAGGCUUGUUAGCAAAUCAGUUAAAAAAAAUGUUUUCAAAAUCAGAGAGCAAGGAUAAUGCGGCAAAGAAGAAAGAUAAUGCGGACGACGAAUCUGCGGCCAGACCUCUGACUUUGGUAGAAAGAGCACAAAAGGAACGCUGGCUGCUGUGGGGUCUACAGGGAGGACUCGAACAAUUACCUCAGGCACUGACCGAUAAUCUAAAGAAACAAAGAGUAAAUAUACAGACUGAGAAGAGGUGUGAAAAACUGACAUUUAAAUCAGAUCGCGUAGAACUGUUAGUCAACGGUGAGCCUCAGGAAUACUCGCGAGUUAUCUCGAGCUUGAGCGCCAAGGACCUUGCCAAACUAUUGCAGGAGCAACAUCCUACGCUGUCGGCGGAGAUGAGAGCGAUACCUACCGUGACAGUGGGAGUGGUUAAUCUUGAAUUCCAGGGAAAUGUAUUGCCACUGCAGGCAUUUGGCUUCCUUGUACCUCCGAAAGAGAAUCUAUCUCUGCUAGGCAUACUGUUUGAUUCCUGCAUAUUCCCUGAGUCUUCUACGGUAUUGACGGUAAUGAUGGGAGGUGCGUGGUUCGAAAAACAUUUUGGGCUGAAUCCGUCGGAGGAGCAACUGUUAACGACGGCGAUUAAUCACACCAAGAAUAUCUUACAAAUCGAGGAGGAACCAGUCGCGCACAACGUUGCCGUUCUGAAGGACUGUAUUCCGCAGCACGUCGUGGGUCACAACGCACGUAUAAAACGCAUCCACGAUUACAUUUCCGCGCACCAUAUUCCUCUGGCGCUGUGCGGUUCUUCUUAUCAAGGUGUGGGACUCAAUGACGUUAUUCUGUCAGCAAAACAGGCCGUUUGUGAUGUUGUAAAAUAAUUGCGGAAUUGUUUGAUUUGUGUAAAACACCGUAGGAGAUUAAUAGCGGCAUUCAAAAUGUAAAUCAAAUUACAUGCAAACGCUGUACAUGCUAAAUCAUACCAAACCAUGCAAAAAAUUGUUGUAUAAAGUUAAAAUAAAAAUGUAAAUUAAUCUCUGGAUGAAAAUUUAUAAUUAAAUGAUAAUCAUAAUAAAUUACUUUGUUAUAUGAAAA